AUGUCACGUGGCUUUUACCCGGAUAAUACAAUGAGUGCUGAGGAGGAGAAGUCGUCUCAUAGCUACAACGAACUAGCCAUCCGCGCAAACGUUAACAUGAUUAGUCGUUGUCGAACAGCGUUGGCUUUGCUAGCCGGCGCGACAGCGGGAAUUCUGGGUCUUACCGGCCUUCCAGGAUUUAUCUUCUAUCUUCUAGCGUCUAUCACGAUGUCCACAAUUUUAGCUGCAACGGCGGGAGCGCAUUGGGAAAAGUAUGUUUUGUCGAAGAGCAUGCUGUGGACCGAUGGGAUAGCUAGUGGGCUAUUUACAUAUGUUCUAUUCUGGACAUUUCUCUACGGUAUGAUUCACGUGUACUGACUCCGUUCAAGUGUAGGACAAGUGACAUUGAGCGGUUGAUUACCUGCCGUGAAGACUUGGAUUGUAAUCGUGUGUCUAACUGCGCAUGCGUCGUUUGAACCUCUGUGAGGCUGUUGUAGUAGAGUCGCUAGUGUAGAGUAAUAGAAACAGACACACUUGCUGGACUAAGAAGUGAAGCGUAAUGCUGAUUGAGAUUGUAUCAAUAAUUGUUAGACAAACCCAAUA